GUUUACCCUGAAGACGCACCUCCGCCUCCGUACACCGCGGAUGGACGACAGAGCGCACCAACAACAUACCCAGCGCAGCCCUCGCCUGCUCAGCCUACUACGUCCCCUGCCGGUAGCUCUGGCAGUUCUGGCAUAGGCGGCCUCUUGAAGGGUCUCACAGGCCAGAGCCCGUCUGAUCUCUUAAACCCGCCGCCUCCGUCAUUUUCACGUCCUCCGCGGAGAGAGCUUCCGUAUACGCCUUUCCCCCCGAUGACCGCGAUGGGCCUCGGUACGACGCUUGACAAAGGGUUUUCUGCUAUACCACCCGACGCUGGAGUGCGUCCGCAUCCGUUUGCGACACACGACGUAUGCGAGGAAGACUGGACGCGGUUCGUGGGUGACCUCCGGAAAGCGGGCAAGCUCUCGCCGAUGAACAGGAUCGUCGCCGGCGUCGCACCUAUGGCAAUGGGCAUCGGCCUUGCAGGGUUCUUCGUCUCGAGAGCGAUAGAAGGCCGCAUGAAGGGAAGAACGAGUGCUCCAGCCACACAGAUCGUGGACCACUGGAACAAUUACUUCUUCUGGCCGCGCGGGAUGGAGGUGGACCUCAUCCAUGGGCAACGUGUCUACACCGAGCGUGACAGCAUUCCCCCGGAUAUGGCCCGGGUAGGGUACAUGCCCAGCGCGGCCAAUGACUCUUCUGGCUCAAACUCGGAGGAUGAGGACCGUCUUCAUGGCGCCCAACCUGGCGCCAUCACCGGUCGCAGAGCAGGGAGGCGAGCGAGGAGGGAGGAGCGGCGAAGCCAGAGACAAGAGCGUCACCAGACGAGGAGAGAUGAACGCAGUGCCAGGCAAGAGCUUUGGAAGCUGCUUAUCACGUAUAGGCCGCCUGCGUGACUGUCCUUGAGUUCCGUGGAAUAACUUUUCUGGUCAACAUACCGCGGCUCCUGACCAAAACACUAUCAAGUUGUAUACAUAUACCCAUACGCUUGGCCUACAUGACCCGAGCUAUCUCCAUUGUCCAUCAUUAGUCGAUAAUCUUGUGUAAAUAAUUGCGGACAUACGCGAUGAAGUCGUAGCUAGAGCUAGUCCCAGAACUGUAAUGAUUCGUCGC